GGGGCGCGAGGCCGAGCGAGGUUCAGUGCCCCUCGUCGGGCUGCUUGUUUGGCUGCUACCGUCACCUCAUGGCGACGCGGGUAGAGGAGGCAGCGCGGGGAAGAGGCGGCGGCGCCGAGGAGGCGACUGAGGCCGGACCGGGCGGACGGCAACGCAGCCCGCGGCAGAAGUUUGUGAUUGGCACAAUGGAAGAAGCUGGAAUAUGUGAGCUAGGGGUAAAAGCAGAUACGUUGUGUAACUCUCAAUCAAAUGAUAUUCUUCAACAUCAAGAUGCAAAUUGUGGUGGCCAAAGUGACAAGCAUUCACUGGAAGAGGAGGAAGGCAGUGACUUUAUAACAAAGAACAGGAGUUUGGUGAGCCCGGCAUUCUGCACACAAGAGUCAAGAGAGGAAAUUCCUAGGUGCGGAGCCCGAACAGAUCCCCCUGAUGGUCAGCAAGAUUCCGAGUGCAACCGGAACAAAGACAAAACCUUAGGAAAAGAAGUCUUAUUACUGAUGCAAGCCCUGAACACACUUUCAACUCCAGAAGAGAAGCUGGCAGCUCUCUGUAAGAAAUGCGCUGAUCUCCUGGAGGAGAGCCGGAAUGUUCAGAAGCAAAUGAAGAUUCUGCAGAAGAAACAAGCCCAGAUCGUAAAAGAGAAAGUUCACUUGCAGAGCGAACACAGCAAGGCCAUCUUGGCAAGAAGCAAACUGGAAUCUCUCUGUAGAGAACUUCAGCGUCACAACAAGACGUUAAAGGAAGAAAAUAUGCAGCAGGCACGAGAGGAGGAAGAAAGACGGAAAGAAGCCACUGCACACUUCCAAAUCACUUUAAACGAAAUCCAGGCCCAGCUGGAACAACAUGACAUACACAAUGCCAAACUCCGCCAGGAAAACAUUGAGCUGGGAGAGAAGCUGAAGAAGCUCAUCGAGCAGUACGCAUUGAGGGAGGAGCACAUUGAUAAAGUGUUCAAACAUAAGGAGCUGCAACAACAGCUUGUGGACGCCAAACUUCAGCAGACAACACAGCUCAUAAAAGAAGCUGAUGAAAAACAUCAAAGAGAGAGAGAGUUUUUGUUAAAAGAAGCAACAGAAUCGAGGCACAAAUACGAACAGAUGAAACAGCAAGAAGUGCAGCUAAAACAGCAGCUUUCUCUUUAUAUGGAUAAGUUUGAAGAAUUCCAGACUACCAUGGCAAAAAGCAAUGAACUGUUUACAACCUUCCGGCAGGAAAUGGAAAAGAUGACAAAGAAAAUUAAAAAACUGGAAAAAGAAACAAUAAUAUGGCGUACCAAAUGGGAAAACAACAACAAAGCCCUUCUGCAAAUGGCUGAAGAGAAAACUGUCCGUGAUAAAGAGUACAAGGCCUUUCAAAUAAAACUGGACCGGUUAGAGAAGCUGUGCAGGGCCCUUCAGAUGGAAAGGAAUGAGCUCAACGAAAGGGUGGAAGUCCUGAAGGAGCAGGUCUCCGGGAGGGCCGCAGGUGCCGAUCUAGCACCGCCUGGGACACAGCCCUGCGCUGCCCUGGCUGCUUCCAGGGAGCCGAACACUGCUUCUAAAAGCGCCCCGGGAGCCCCACUGGAGGCUGCGUCCAAGACCACGUAUGUGGGCACUGGGCCCAGUAUCGAGUCAGUUGACUGAGAUGAAGUGUGAUCACUGUUUCGAGAGCUAUAUUUUGUGUAUAUCUUUCUCUGUUAGUAGUAACUAUUGGUUUUGUGUGAAAAUUUUCUUACUUUUUCUACCAUAUCUGUAUUUUCUUAGAACUACUGGACUUAUGUGGUACAGGAAGCUGCUUAGCAGUUUUGAGUAGUUUUACUCUGUAUGUUUUCCUCAGCUGUGUUGCACAUCUGCCUCAUCUCCCGUCACUGGAAUGCAUGUGGUCAUUGUCUUGUGCUUUCUUCUCUGGCUCCUUGCACAGAAUCAUCCUAAUAAAAAUUUCACUCAAGACAGGGCCGACCUUGACAAGGGAACUGUGUUCUGAUAAUGGUUCCUUGAUGUGGAAACAAUAUUCAUUUAAAUGUCCUAGACUCUGUUAGCUUUUUUUUUUAAGGAAAAUAUCAAGAUGACUAAUUCUGUCUAAUAGCCCAUUUAAAUGCCAAGUAAAAAUUAAACUCUAGGGUUGGGUCAGAAACCAGCAUAGCUUAUUUGAUUCAAGUUAGUUUUUUUGAAUAGUAUUUUUAUCAUUUGAUAAAUUGAGAUGGGUGCAAGCCUCAAAUUCCUCAAAGUUUUGGCAGAUUAUAUAAAGGUGUCACUUAUAAACAAAGUAUAUACAGGCAGAUCAUUGGACAAACAUGCUUAAUGUUUAUGCGAUCUCGAAUCAGGUUACGUAGAGCUAGUGUGUGAACACGGACAACCAGCUGCUGCCAGUUAAGGGAUUUGGAUACAGAGCCCCACUGGUGGUCCUUUGCUGGAUUAAGGCAGUGAGGGUGAUACCCAUGGGUAGCUUUUCCUAAAGCACAAGUCCCUUCACUGCCUUUACCUUCUGGCUACUUGAAAGUUGGUUGUUCAACUGUUCUAUGAAUCCCACCAGCGAAGUUCUCUAGACAGUUUUAAUUGAUUUCAUUUCCCAAACAAAGACUGGAACCAACACUUUUACCUUUGGGAAAACUCAGCAGUGAGGUGGUCAGGAUCUAUAACGCUUUCAAUCUGUUUCUCACCCCUAGUUACUGUUUUUUUUUUUGACAGUAUUAUAUCAAGGUCUCUACACUUGGAAUGGAAGAACUUGAAAUUAAGCAUGUCUCUUUGGGUUAGUCCUGCCUGCAACUUUUCCUUUGCUCUUUAUACUACUGACUGUGGCUAAAGUUAUGCAAAUGAUUAAUCAGGUACACCGUGGAAGUUUUGACUUUAUCCCUGGUAUCAUUUGCAUUGAAAUACUGUAUGAAAUAAAAAGGCUCUGCUAGAACUGAUGUUAAGCACAUUCCACUAAACAAAGCUAUCAAACUGAUACUUCUUCAGUUGCUUACUGGAACUGAAUUGUAACUCCUGUGUCCAGUUUAAAGGGUUUUCUUUUUGUUAAAAGCUUUUAUUUGUAAAGUCCUGUCACAUUCGUGGUCUGAACUGGGUUGAAAAGAAUUGAAAAUUGUCCCAUUGAUAGGGAAGAGUGCCUGCAGUGCCUGGAGUAGAGGGUUGUAUCUAAGCUUACACCAUCGGUUGUGGUAAUUGAGGGGCCUGGAGGAAAAGAAACUCACAAAGUAGGUUAUCUAAUUACUCUGUCAAAAUGAGUCAGAAGCAGAUACAAACAUUCCGUCUUCCAACAGCGUCUCGUACAUACCCUCUCUACUAAAUGAAAUAUUGGACUUAUUUUCUGAAGAGGAAGGUGUAUACUUUAAAAUUAGUUCUAAUGAUCACAUUUCACAAGGACUCUGCUGAUGUACAGCUCUUCAACGCUGAAGCCAUUUGUAUAGCCCACGUUUCUUUGUGGUGCUUGUCCUGUGUGGAAGAUUGUAAACCUUGGACCUGUUGCAUAUUCCCAAGGGCUUUAUAAAGCAGUGUGAUUAACAGUACCUAGCCUGCUGCUUUUGGCUUAACUAUGUAUUUUUAGCUAGAUGCUACCAUGGUGUUAAAAGAUAAUAGAUUCUAUCUGGGAUGCAUUUGCUGUCCUUUACAGUAUCUUUCCUCCCAUUACCCUGUGAAUAAAAACAGAAGGGACCCUCUGAGAAGGACAUCCUCCUAAAACAAUCACCUCACCAGCCCAGUGUUGUGGCUUUGUAGCACACCCUGUAUCUACCAUAUUCUAGAACACUGUAAUGCUACUAGACUGGCCCAGGAAGGUUUAACCGUCAAAUUCACUUCAGUUGCACUUGUUGCACCCUCAUGGAAUCUUGAUGUGUGUUAUUUAUAGUGGCAGCAGACUCCAAGGAGUAGAGAACACUUGGGUCUUGGAUAAUGGACCGUUUCGUCCUCAGACUUGUAGGAGUACAUUUCUUGGUCUUGAGACCAGUAUUUUUUAGUUAUGUAUGUAUGUAACUGCCUUUAUUACACCUGGUUAUCACAAUUCAAUUCUCAGGUGUUGCAGAAAAAUCUACCUCUUUCAGACUGUAGAUGGAAAUAACUGUGAAAAGAUGCAGAUAUCUUCUAGUUUGUGCUAAACACUGCUUUAUUUUUACAGCCCACGUCUUUCAUGAGGAAAUGAAUUGAGGCAGUCUUGUUUUGCUUUUCAAAGACAUUUUGUAGAGAUUUUUCACUAAUGUGAAUCUGAUUUUAUCUACUCAAUUCUGUAUAGAUUAAGUAAAUAUGUAUAAAUUUAA